GCCAUUUCUCAAUAAUGAAGCGUUACCCCGCAUAUGGGUUAUGUACACCUGGGUGGCGUUGAUGCGUUUCAGGUACGUGUACAAAGAUGAUGCUAGAUGUUUUUACAUUGCAGUGGGACAGCAAACACAAUUUCAAAUAUUUGUCCGUUUUAUUGAGCAUGAAGCGCAUCGCAAACAUUGGUUGGAGGACUUCUUAAGAAGGAUGUUGACUCUGAAGACACGUAAUAUAUAUUUAGGAUCAGGUGCAGCAAAGAGGUGAAACGAAUCACGAGAUGACAUAUUUUGGAUAAGAAGACAAUCCCGAGACAACACCGUCGGAUCUUGAAGAAGACACACACGAUAAUGCUCUCGCACUUAGUAUCGGACAAUGAAUAAGCAUCCAAGUGAGUGUUGAAGAGUAUAAUGUGACAAAAAAACAAUAGUUGGCUGAAGACAUGAUCAUGAUGAUGGAGGACAUGAAAUAUCAUUUUGCUCAAGAUAACUGAUGUUUCGAUGACAUCUGCACAUGAGGUACGGAGAACACAUUCGAGGCGAGAACCCUUAUAACUGUGUCCAAGGUAUUUAGACUUUUUCCAGGCAACUGACCACAGGUACCAUGCGGUUCUCGAAUCGCGAACUUAGACUGAUUCUCUACUCUUUCUUCGUCGGUGCAAUAGUCGCCACUCUCGUUAACCAAAUCAUCAACCAGCGAUCGCCACCCAGAGCACGGAGGAGAUGCCCACCUCUUAAAGAGUCCCAGGAGAAAUUCUGUCCUCAAUGUCCGAAGCUUGAGUGUCCGAAAUGCAAGUCCCUGGAUGGAGGCAGUGCUGUCCAGCAGGUGCCUAAGACGCUGAAAUCAUUUCUGAGUAGGCAUUGGGAGGUCAUGCACAACGAUGCGGUGGUGUUUGCCAAGACUCGCAUGAAAUCUGUUCCAAGCUACGUCAUCUCUCUACAUCCCAGUGAGAAGGACCCAGAGAUAAGUCACACCUUGAUAGAGCGAGGAGGAUGGGAGGAGGAGCUGAUUGUGCGCAUGUGCCGUGAGAUGAACAAGGCCCCCAGCGAUGCAUACUUCGUGGAUGUGGGAGCUUACGUUGGGAGCCUUUCUCUUGGGGUGUCGGCCUGUGGACAUAAAGUCAUAGCAUUCGAACCAAUGACCCGGAAUGCCUUUCUUCUCAAGGAGAGCGUCUUCCUCAACCAACUCUCCUCCGAGAGGUUCACCAUUCACAACAUGGCGCUGGGAAACGUCAACGGUAAAGCCUGCUUCUUGGCCAGCUCCGGUAACCAAGGAGACGGGAGAUUUGUCUCAGGUGGAGAUGAAGGGCAUGAAUGCAACUCGCAUGAAGACACCAUCAAGAUGGCGAGACUUGACGACGUCCUCCAAGAAGACUUUAUCAUCUGGACACUGCACAUCGACGCGCAGGGAUUCGAACCAGCCGUCCUGGCCGGCGCCGAGUGGAUUCUAACCGGUCCCAAUCCACCUCGUUAUCUGCACGUGAGACUAGGAAGUGUCUACAGUCAGGAGGUGAUGGAGGUGUCGAGGGGGUUGGUGGAGACGCUGGCUUGGUUGAAGGAGAUUGGAUAUGCCUUGAAGAAUGCUGCUAAUGAACCUAUUAGAGAUCUGUCCAAGUUUGUCUGGAGUCUUGGACAUGAAAAGAGUUAUGUUUUCGGCGUUUAUGGCAUGCCAUGAGAGGUACUUUGCUGGUCGAUGGUUCGAAUCCAUGCUGUGAACAUAUAAAGCACCCCCCCCCAAAAAAAAAAUCAAAAAAAAUCAGGGAUUUGCCCAGGUUUGUGUAAAUUCUAGGAUGUUUAUGAAGUAAUAAUAAAAAUACGGGUUCUUAUGUAGCGCUUUUAUCUACGAUCAAAGUGUUUUACAUGCAUUAUUAUUACCCCUUGAAGUAGGGGUGUAUGACAUAAAGUAAUGUGAGGCAUCUCACUGGACGAAGGUUCGAAUCAAUGUUUCUUGGACUUUAAUGAUAAUGACAGUAAUCUAGUUGAAUUGGAAGACAAUGGCUCUUUUCCAUUGAGGAUAACUGCUAUGGUUUCAUUGAUUUAACAGGUGAUCGGAAAAAUGAACUGUUUAAGUUUGUGAAAACCAGAACAACUGUACAUAUACAAUUUUGAAAAGUUUCCCCUGUGUAUAUUGAGUUCAUUGAUGAGUUUACAUUUAAUUAAUUUGAUCAUAAAUAAAUAUUUGCACUAAGCACUUAG